CCCUGGGAGGAGGAAACGGAGGGAGAAGCAGGAGCGCUGGGCUGCAGGCAGACAGGCGGGGGCAGUCGCUGACUCAAAGCUGACGGCGGAGUUUCCUCCAGGCAGCCCGAGCCCUCCGCCUCAUGAUUCAUCCCCCAAGCGGCUCAAAAGCUCCGGCAGCCCCAGCCCCGGGCUCCAGCCCUCGCCGCCUCCCCACCGCUGCGGUCCAGACGCGGAGAAGAUGCGGGGGCCCCGCCUGGCUCUGCGGACCCUCGUGCUCGCGCUGUGCGCGGCGGGACUCCAAGGUAACAUCUGUACCACUCGUGGGGUGAAUUCCUGCCAGCAGUGUCUGGCCGUGAGCCCGUUGUGUGCAUGGUGCUUCCAGGAGGACUUGGCGCUGGGAACCCCUCGCUGCGACCUGAAAAAGAACCUUCUCCAAAAUGGGUGCAUGCAGGAUUUCAUGGAGUACCCGGUCAGCAGCACGGAAAUCCUAGAGGACAAGCCACUCAGUGACACCGGCUCUGGACAGACCGUCACUACCCAGAUGAGCCCUCAGAAAAUUGAACUGCACCUGCGGCCAGAUGACUCCCAGAUCUUCUCCGUCCAAGUGCGCCAGGUGGAGGACUACCCGGUCGACAUCUACUACCUGAUGGACCUGUCCAAUUCCAUGAAGGACGAUCUCGCCAAUAUCCAGAGCUUGGGCACCAAGCUAGCCACUGAGAUGCACCAGCUGACCAGCAAUCUGCGGAUCGGCUUCGGGGCCUUUGUGGACAAGCCCAUCUCGCCAUACAUGUUCAUCUCCCCGCAAGAAGCCAUCGACAACCCGUGCUAUGACAUCGGCCAAACUUGCCUGCCCAUGUUCGGCUACAAACACGUCCUGGCGCUCACGGACGAGGUGACCCGCUUCAACGAGGAGGUGCGCAAGCAGAGUGUCUCGCGGAACCGCGACGCACCCGAAGGGGGGUUCGAUGCCAUCAUCCAAGCGACCGUCUGUGACGAGCAGAUCGGCUGGAGGAACGAUGCUAGUCACCUGCUGGUCUUCACGACAGACGGCAAGACCCACCUCGCUCUGGACGGGAGGCUGGCUGGGAUCGUACAGCCGAACGACGGACAGUGCCACAUUGACGAGGAUAAUCUCUACUCGGCCUCCACCACGCUGGACUAUCCCUCGCUGGGCCUGAUGACUGAGAAACUCUCCCAGAAAAACAUCAACUUGAUCUUUGCCGUGACGCAGAGCGUGGUUGGCCUCUAUAAGAACUACAGCGAGCUGAUUCCCGGCACCACUGUGGGGAUCCUGUCCAGCGACUCCAGCAACGUCCUGCAACUCAUUCUGGAGUCCUAUGGGAAAAUCCGCUCCAAGGUGGAGCUGGAGGUUCGAGACCUGCCCGAGGAGCUGUCCCUCUCCUUCAACGCCACCUGCCUCAACAACGAGGUCAUUCAGGGACUCAAGUCCUGCGUGGGCCUCAAUAUAGGAGACACGGUGAGCUUCAGCAUCGAGGCCAAGGUGCGAGGCUGCCCCCAGCAGCAGCAGAAAUCCUUCACCAUCAAGCCGGUGGGUUUCAAGGACAGCCUGACGGUGCUGGUGAACUUCGAGUGCAACUGCACCUGCCAGGAGCACGCUCAGUCCAACAGCCCUGUCUGCCACCAAGGCAACGGCACCUUAGAGUGCGGCGUGUGCCGCUGCUCCCCGGGCCGGCUGGGCUCCCGCUGCGAGUGCUCCGAGGAGGAGUACAGCCCCGCGCAGCAGGACAACUGCAGCCCCGGCACGGGGCAGCCCCUGUGCAGCCAGCGGGGCGAGUGCCUCUGCGGCCAGUGCGUCUGCCACGCCAGUGACUUCGGCAAGGUGACCGGCAAGUACUGCGAGUGCGACGACUUCUCCUGCGUCCGCUUCAAGGGCGAGAUGUGCUCGGGCCACGGGCAGUGCAGCUGCGGGGACUGCCUGUGCGACUCGGACUGGACCGGGGACUAUUGCAACUGCACGACCCGCACCGACACCUGCAUGUCCGGCAACGGCCUGGUGUGCAGCGGGCACGGGCUCUGCCAGUGCGGGAAAUGCGAGUGCACCCAGGCCGGCGCCUAUGGGGACACCUGCGAGAAGUGCCCCACCUGCCCCGACGCCUGCACCAUCAAGAA